AGACUCAGCUGAUGAUGUUAUGUGAAAGCUUCAAUUGGACCAGAAAAAAGAAAUUCCUGUUUUGAAGUUCAAAGAGAACAAUGAACUUACUCCAUUUCUUUAUGUAUAGAAUUGAUUCUAUUCUCUUGUUUGCCUCAUCCUUACACUAAUAUUCCAGCUGGUGUUAGCUUGAAACCAAAGAGAUCUCCUUUUUCUAUAUUCUCUUUGGUCUUUUUAACACAAAAGGGUAUUUGUUCUUCUCUGUUGAUGAAAAUUACUUCUCUGCAACUAUACCCUUUUUGAUUUGAUUUUUUUCUUCUUCUUCUUUUUUGUGAUAUGGGUGGAAGAAUUUCUCGACUUGCAAAGAAGUUUUUUCCGAAAAAUCAAGUAAGGAUAGUCAUGGUGGGUCUUGAUGCUUCUGGAAAAACAAGUAUUCUCUACAAGCUAAAACUGGGAGAUGUCGUUACAACAAUUCCCACAAUAGGUUUUAAUGUGGAGACCAUAGAGUACAAAAACAUUAACUUCACAGUCUGGGAUGUGGGAGGACAAGAUAAGAUAAGGCCCUUGUGGAAGCACUACUUUCAGAACACACUAGGUCUCAUUUUUGUAAUCGACAGCAACGACCAAGAAAGGAUCUCAGAAGCCCGCCACGAGUUGCAUCGUAUUUUAACUGAGCAUGAACUGAGCAAUGCCACACUAUUGGUCUUUGCCAACAAAAAGGACCUUCCAAAUGCUAUGCCUGUGUCUGAGAUAACCAAUCAACUCAGCCUGCACUCGCUCAGUCAUCGUCGCUGGUUGGUCCAACAUACUUCUGCAACUUCCGGUGAGGGACUCUACGAAGGUCUUGACUGGCUAGCUAACAAUCUUUCUAACAAAUCUAACAAUAGUUUAAAUAAAGCUGCCUAAUAUUUAGAUUAAAGUACAGUUCUUUAUGCUUACACUUAAACUACAGACUCUUUUGUAUAACAUUCAAUACAAGUCUAAUAAAACUAUUGUUCCAAAAGGGCAGUUUUGU